AAAGCCGAACUUUUAGCCAACACGCAAACCAUAAGACAGCUCAAAGAUAGUUUAGAAGUUGAAAGAACUUGUCGAACAGAAGCUGAUCAAGAAGUCAUAAAUUUGUCUAAGGAAAUUGAAGAUUUAUCAACUUCGUUAUUUAGCGAGGCCAAUAAUAUGGUGGUGGACGCUAGAAGAGAAACAGAAUCUAUUGACAAGAAAAACACUAUAUUAGUUAAUGAAAUCAAAGAAAAGGAC